AGGCAACUCCAGCGCCUGCGGGCGCCCCCAACGCGGAGGGCCAGCUCAGGGCCGUGCUCACCGACCGCGCCGCCACUCCCGAGCAGCUGCUUAUGGCCAUCGGGGCCUCCGAGGCGCUGCUCGAGGAGGCCAGGCGCGAGCUGGCCUCGAAGCAGCUACGAGCCCGGAGGGCGGCCUUUGAGCGCUUGCACGCCGCGGUGGAGGACUCCGACGAGGCGGGCCUCGGCGCGGCCAUCGAAGAGGCCAGGCGCACCGGCGUGGAGGCAGAGGACGACGUCGGCCGCGCGGUGGCGAAGCUGGAGGAGCUGAGCUCCCGCACGGACGAGCAGCGGGCCGAGAAGGCAGCUCACGAGCUGAUGCAGGAGCGGAAGAAGCAGGCC